UUUAGUGGUUGUUCAAAUCAGUUCUCUCACAAUCGUCGAGACAGCAAUAUGAACGGAGUUAAGUCGUUGUUCCUUCUGGGCCUGGUCCUCCUCAGCUUGGCCGCCUUUGUUGUUGCCAAUGAUGAACAACCCGUUCUCGGAGGUCCAAAGCAGUUGGAGGGAGACGACAGGAAGGCGGCUAUUGACGAGUUGGAUGCCGCCCUUGCAACUUUGGCCACUGGAGAUGGUCCCAGCUACAAGGCCAUCAACGUGAAAUCUGUUACUGAUCAGGUAGUUUCUGGAUCACUCAAAACCUACGAGGUGGAGCUAAAGAACGGCGAUGACAAGAAGGACUGCACUGUGAAGAUCUGGUCUCAGCCUUGGUUGAAGGAGAACGCCACCAACAUCAAGAUCAAGUGCGGCAAUGAAGGUGAACUGGACCGUACCUGGUAACUAACCAGCAACCGAAGUUUAAAAAUGUGUCUUCAAUCAAUGUGAAAACGUUCUUAAAUGGACAAUUUUAAUAAAAAAUAAAGCUUUUGGAAAAACAA